AUGGUAGUCAAGCGUAGUUUAGCGAGUGUUCUAGGGGUACUUUUGGUAUUCACCUUGUUCCACAACCCUACCACUGUCGUCGGACAGAGAUUAGUCUCGCCGUUUUCCUUGUUCACGUUCGGUGACUCCAAUCUCGACGCCGGGAACAAACAGACUCUCACCACUGCUGACGUUGCGCAAGGCUUCUGGCCGUACGGAAAAUCCCGUGAUAAUCCCAACGGCAAGUUCUCCGACGGAUUCAUCGUUACGGACUUCGUCGCAAAAUUCAUGAAAAUCCCGAUCGAGAUUCCGCCGGCACUUAAACCGAACGUCAAUGUCUCACGUGGAGCUAGUUUCGCCGUCGCCGAUGCUACUCUUCUUGGAGCUCCGGUGGAAUCUUUGACUCUGAAUCAACAGAUAAGGAAAUUCAAUCAAAUGAAAGAUGCAAACUGGAAGGAUGAUUUCAUCAAGCAGUCAUUGUUUAUGAUCUACAUUGGUGCUAACGAUUACUUGAAUUUCACCAAGAACAACCCUGAAGCAGAUGCAUCUGCUCAACAAGCUUUUGUCACUUCCGUGACCAACAAGUUAAAGAGCGACAUCACCUUGUUAUAUAAUUCUGGAGCGACUAAGUUCUUGAUCCAAACCCUAGCUCCAUUAGGUUGCUUACCUAUCGUCAGACAAGAUUACAGAACCGGGGAAGAGAAAUGCUACGAACCUCUCAACAAUUUGGCUAAACUACACAAUGAAAAGAUCGGACCCAUGUUGAACGAAAUGGCUACAACCAAUUCCGAUUUCCAGUUCACCGUCUUCGAUUUCUACAAUGUCAUUCUUCGUAGGAUUCAGAGCAAAUCGAUCGGCUUGAGCUACCGGUUUUUGAAGACAAACGUAUCGUGCUGCGGAGUAGGGACACAUGAUGCUUAUGGUUGCGGUUUAUCUAACGUUCACUCAAGGCUAUGCGAGUACCAACGAUCUUACUUAUUCUUUGAUGGGCGUCACAACACCGAGAAGGCACAAGAAAUGUUUGCUCAUCUUCUGUUUGGAGCCGAUCCAAAUGUGAUCCAACCAAUGAAUAUCCGUGAGCUCGUCAUGUACCCAGUCGGUGAACCUAUGCGUGAGGUUUGGUUGCCUACAUCGUCAGCCACUCUCCAAGCCAGCGACUCUAGCUCGUCGUCUAGCAGCGGUUACGAGUUCUACUGA